AUGGCUCGUAGAAACGCCACGGGCGCGCAACCUCUAGGCAGACGGAAGCGGAAGAUAGGAUCAGAUGCAGACUGCGGCGGCGUCGUGGGGGGGGUGUUCAGGAGGCAAGCCACCGGAGGGAGGGGCAGGAGGCGGAGCACCGGGCAAAGCUUCGUGUUGUCAGCCACCGGGAAUUUUCAUCGGCGUCUUCGCAGGGAUUUGGAAGGGGUGCCAGAGUUGAUAGCCGACGUCAGGAAGAGCCUCAUAUCAGGCGCCAACGCAGCCUUGUUUACGGCCGUUAUCGAGGUGCGCAGCAAGCUUAUCGAAGGCAACAGCGCCCCGUUUGAUCUGCCCAUACGGUCGACCAACUCCUCGUCGAGAGUUGGAGGUGGGGGCGGAGGUGGGGGCGGGGGCGGGGGCGGGGGUGGGGGCGGCGCGGAGCACAAUCACGGGCAUCACUACCAUGGGGACGAUGAUGAGGAUGACCCGUAUGGCCAGAACAGCUACCGGCAAGUUCGUCGCCUGGACCGAGAGGCCUUCGUGUCGCUGGGAGGGCCGGAGCUUCUCCUUCAGGUGCUGAAGAGGCCGGGAUCCCCCGCGGACGCCCGGUCCAUCCCGGCGGCGAUCGUGACGCGCGACAUGCCGGUGUGGAAAACGACGCUCGUUAUCCUGCGGGAGCUGUGCUUCACGGAUCAAGACCUGAGCGAGAGGCUGGGGUCGCCGGAGCUGAUCCUGUAUCUCCUGACUCUGAUGGCGUACCAGGGUGUGUUUGAUCUCGCCGUGGGCUUGGUAGAAGAGAUUCUGGCCGUCAAGUCGAGCACGUACUUCUUGGGCGAGGUCCCCGAGCUGCACUCCCUCGUGGAGAACAUGACGAGCCAGCAGCUAGCACACUUCUCGCGGGUGCUGGCGCUGCUGGUGUUCGAACCCGAGUACAGGCAGCUCAUGGAGAGCGCUCACGUCCUCAGGUCGAUGGAGCUGUUGCAGCUGCGGCGAGACCGCGUGGUGAGGGCUGACUCGAUCAUCGACAAGAACCAGGCCCUGAUCCUUUCGGCCCCCAGCCUCCUGCCACGCCUCAUGGAGCUCCUGAGGGUGAUGAACUACAACCCAUCCCUGGCUACGUUCGACGAGCAGGCCGUAGAGCUUGAGCAGGCGCACAUUUCGCAGGUGCGGAUAAGCGUUGUGGCGGGUGACGGCACCGCGGAGGGGAGGACCCUGUCUCAGCAGCAGCAGCAGCCGUGGCCGGCAGCGAGCGAGUGGGGGUAUCUUGCGGACCUCAGAUCGGCCGCUCAGGCGGUACCGGCGGCGGCUUCGGCUGAAACGGGAAGCCCCGUCCCUGGAACUGCUGGAGGACAGGCUUCGGCUUCCGAGGACGCGCAGGCAGGAGCCCCCCGAGCGCGCAGCGGCAGCGGCAGCGGCGGCGGCGGCGGCGGCGGCGGCGGUACGGAGCCCAGCCGGAUCGCGAAUUUCUUUCGGUCCAUCUUCCGACGGAGCAACUCUCAGCGAGACGAGCCACCGGCCGCGAUCUCCCCGACCGCCACCGUCGCCACGAGUGCGAGCGCCUCCGGUGCCGGGGAAGAAGGCGAAGGUGCACCGGCAGGAGGGGGGAGAAGAACCAGCGCGAGAUCCGCGGCGGAUGCGGCGGACGCGGCGGCGGAGCAUCUCGAGAGGUCGGCGCAGCAGCACAGGGACGCGGCGGGGGCGUGGGGCUCGGCGGUGGAGCGCUUCCAGCGCGCCGCGGCCGGUGGCGGCGGGGGCGCCGCCAUUGACAUACCCCCGCCACCGCAGCCGCCGGUGGACGCAGGUGACGGCGCCGGCUUUGCGAUCCGCGACCUGCUGAACUUCCUGCAGCCGGCGUUCGUUGGUCCGGACCCCGCGGGGACAAUCGCGUCCCUGGAGCAGGCGUUGACCUGGGGGGGGAUGGGGAUGAUGGGCCCCGGGGGCGCCGGGGUCGGGCCCGGCGGGGUCCUGGGUGGGCCGAUGGGGCGUCCGAGGCUGCGCCAGCCGACGGCGGAGCAGGCUCGGCAGGAGCUGCAGUUCAAUGGGCUCAUGCUCGCCCCGCACCAGGUGGAGGUGCUGUUCGUCCUUUGCACCCUCCUCGGGGCCCGGCGGAAGGGAGAGGCUCACCAGGCCCUCGCCAAGCUCGGCCUUAUCGACGUGCUGGACUCGAUGUUCGACAGGUUGAGCUGGGGCGUCCCGUCUUCGACCCAGGGCCCCCACGGUGCCCACUGCGACUGCAACCCGGAGUCGGCGCUGCGCGUGCAGUAUCUCCGCCUCGUACACAACUUCCUCGACAGGGAUUCGAACAACAAUCCUCUCAAGGGUCUGCUCUUGUCGGAGCACGAGAGGGCGCUCUUCACCGCCGGUCGGUUCAUGCCAAACCCCAACGGGAGCGGAAACGUGGUGUACGUGGAGGCUGGGGCACCGGAGUCGGAGGCAAAGCUGGCGUUCGCGUGGCGUGGACGAGCCGCCUCGUCCGCGGUAGAGGACGAAGGGGAGGGCGAGGGGAAGCGGGAGGAGGAGGGGGGCGGAGAGUGGGUAGACACCCGCGGGCUGUUGAGCAAGAUCGUGGACGUCUUCAUGCGGGAGCCGAUGGACAGCCUGUACCGGUUCUGGCUGGCGAGCUGCGUUGAGGCGUUCCUUCGCGGUGGGAGUACCCAAGAGCAGCUCUUCAUCGCGGGCGGCGGGCUUCUCCCGCACCUGGUUAAGGAGAUCACUUCGGACGGCAUGUGGUGCGCGGGGUCGCUGCAGACUGCCUUCGAUCUCCUGGGCGAGCUCUGCAAGGGCAAUCGAGACAUUCUUGGAAUGCUAGAGGCGAGCAUGACGGAGAAGCAGCUGCGACGGUUCCUGGGGGUGAUGGUGGACAACCUCGUGGACAGCAAUGUGUUCAUGCGGUCUCUGGUUCUGUCGGUGGAGCAGACUAGCGCGGCCCGGCAAGAGUUGCGGACGGCGGAAGAGGAGGAGAGCGACGGAGAGUCGGGUGUAGGCCCGGCAGCGGCAUCGAGAACCGCAGACCGGCAAGGAGAGGGCGACGGGGAGAGCCCCGUUCACGAGUGUGGCGGCGGUGGUGGUGGUGGUGGUGCUCGGGUUGAACAGGAUGAAGAAGAGCCGUGCUAUCUCGGACACACUUGGUACGACGUACAGCCGCGGGAGGUGCUGUUGCAGGAGGACAGCGAGGAUAGACAUACGAGUGAGUUCAACGAGGCCGCAGAAGGGGCGGAGGUAGCCCCGCGGAAGGCGGCGGCGGCGGCGACGGCGGAGGGGGCUGGGAGCAGCAAGGCUAACGGGGAGAUGACGCGGUUGCAGCGCUUUCUGAUGCAGAACACCCCUCAGUUGGUGCGGGAUCUUAUGUGCGUCGUGAGCCUCGAGACGAUAAACCACGAGAACAUUUGCUGCCUCAACACGGCCGUGCUCAUCCUCAUCUUCGCGGACCGGCGCGGGCAGUUGGCGGAGGUGCUGGAGGCGGUGCGGAAACUCCCGGCCGGAAGAGGCGUGUCGAAAGAGGCAGAGAUUGACUCGGAGUUCGACCUUGAUGGUGACAAGGCCAGGGACGGGGGAAAAGAGGGACUGGCCUGGCCGUCAAGCGUCGCUAAAAGCGGGGGGGAUGGAUGCAACAGCGGUGGCGGCGGCGGCGGCGGCGGUGGCGGUGGAGGCGGCUGCUGCCACCACCACCCCGUUACUGGCCCGGCAGACGACGGCGGCGGCGGCAGCGAGUCGCCGGCAAAAGAAGGGGCGGCCGUGCUUGAAGGCUUCCGGCGAUUGCUGUGGUUCUGGAGCGAGUACUACCUCCGCGGGGGACGGGACCGCCUGAGCCUCGAGUUCUCCACCCACGUCAAGUUCUGGGCUUGGAAGAGGGUGGUUCGGCUGCUCUGCGCCGACGACGGCAGCCCCACGGCGCUCGUCGGGGCGCCCCUGAGGCUUCCGCGCUCGCCGUACGACACAGUACUGCGACAAUCUCCUCCCUCUUUGCCGAAGCAGCAACAUGCACAAGAGCAUGACGAGCAGUAGCACCACCAGCUAUUAUUUUGUUCUUUUGCGAUUGGUUGUAUACUCGGUCGUCGGGUGUAAUUCAGCCGUAUGUUUUUUUUAGGCCCCCAGCGUAGAAAAAGAGAACGAAUGGAGUUUUUUUUUGUCGUUGUUUUUUGCCUUGUCUGCUUUUGUUUGAGGUCGUGGUUUUUGGAGAGGUCCCCAAGGCGAGAGAGAGGAUCGCGGUGCCGGUUUGGCUCAAAUGUUUGCAUUGUGGCGCGUUCGGCAUGGGCCGAACUAUUGACACCGCGGUGUUGGUACUGCUGCUUUGCGUGUCACCGGGAAGGGGAGGGAGGUGGAUGUCGUUACAUAGGGCUCGUUUCUGAUCGCGCUUGUGUACAUCGCAUUUUUUUCACGGAGACGAUGCGGCCAAAAAAAAUGCGACAGUGCUAUUGCUGUUGUUGUAGGAUACCGUGCUUUUGUUUACAGCUCAUGCCCGCCCUGCUGUUCGUUGUCUUGUGUGACCCGGGAUGGGAGCUAAGAAUAUUGCCAGGGGCAGUGAGAGAAUAUACCGCUAUACGUCGUGUUGUGAGCUGAUGGCAAUUUUGGAGCGGAGCGUAUUUCUAACCGUGAAGGAGGUCGUGUGUUUUUCACAUGUGUCUAUGCAAUGAACAUCAUGUUGUUCAUUUUUUGUUUUGGAGGAACUUUUUUUUCCUCGCUGCGCUCGGUCGUAUAGGGGUGGUACUUGGGUCGAAUUUGGGGAAAUCGUUCCCCCCCCCCCCGUUGUCUCUACCCUUGCGAUGUGUGCUUAGACUACGUGUUUCGUUGCGUUGCGUUGUUCAUCCCCCCGCCCGGCUAUUGUUGAAGUGCUCGUUUG